GGUUGCGAUCACGAUCAAGGGCUGAUCGGAUGCGGCGCUGAAUAACUAAGAGCUUAAUAAAUGCAACGCCGGACGUCACUCUCUGUCCUGCGGUCUUUUAGUAAGGAUCCCAUCCAAACAAGCCGCGAUCUCGUGCAGCCAGCAGCAGCAGCCGCCUACCGAAAGUCGUUAAGGAUACUUCAUCCUUCGGAGCAGACACCUUUACCUCAAGAAUAAACACCACCACCACCAACCAACAACCAUGCCGGGACUUUCGGAUCCAGUUGCGUUCGUGAAGGACUUUGCCGCCGGUGGCAUCUCGGCCGCAAUCUCCAAAACGGCCGUCGCCCCGAUUGAGCGCGUCAAGCUGCUGCUACAGGUUCAGCACAUCUCGAAGCAGAUCGCCGAGGCCGACCGUUACAAGGGCAUGGUCGAUUGCUUCGUGCGCAUUCCGCGCGAGCAGGGCUUCUCCGCCUUCUGGCGUGGUAAUCUGGCCAACGUCAUCCGUUACUUCCCGACCCAGGCCCUUAACUUCGCGUUCAAGGACAAGUACAAGCAGGUGUUCCUGGGCGGUGUGGACAAGAACACCCAGUUCAUGCGCUACUUCGUCGGUAACCUGGCGUCCGGCGGUAUGGCCGGCGCUACCUCGCUGUGCUUCGUCUACCCGCUUGACUUCGCCCGUACCCGCUUGGCCGCUGAUGUCGGCAAGGGUUCGGAAGCGCGUGAGUUCAAGGGUCUGGGCGAUUGUAUCUCGAAGAUCUUCAAGACUGACGGUCUGGUCGGUCUGUACCGAGGCUUCGGUGUAUCCGUCCAGGGUAUCAUCAUCUACCGUGCUGCCUACUUCGGCUUUUACGAUACUGCCCGUGGUAUGCUGCCGAACCCGAAGACUACACCAUUCUACGUGAGCUGGGCCAUCGCACAGGUCGUGACGACCGUCGCCGGUAUUGUGUCCUAUCCCUUCGACACCGUCCGUCGUCGCAUGAUGAUGCAGUCCGGUCGCGCCAAGUCCGAGAUGGUCUACAAGGGCACGCUGCACUGCUGGGCCACCAUCGCCAAGCAGGAGGGUAGCGGUGCCUUCUUCAAGGGUGCCUUCUCGAACGUGCUGCGUGGUACUGGCGGUGCAUUCGUGCUGGUGCUGUACGACGAAAUCAAGAAGCUCCUGUAAAUCCUUCCCCGUUCCCCCAAACCUUCCACCAAACCCUACAACAUCCUUCCCAACUUCCUGUCCCACCGUAAUCCUUCCAUUCCAUACAUCCGCCAGAACGCACCGUAUGUAUUCCAACAAACCAAACACACACCGAAACGACACGGAAUUUGUUCGGUGUUCGAACUGUCCCCUUUUUUUGUAAAAAAGCUCGAUAUACAUUGCGCUCGCUACCCCCGGCUUCCCCUCAAAAAACAAAAAACCAGAAACCCAAGAGUAAAGUGUUUUAUCGAGCCCUAGUGCCCUACAGAGAUAUCCUAUGCUAUUAAUGUAUUUAAUUGUGUCCGACCGGUCCACUCGAAUCGAAUCGCACCGACGAUACCGACGACCAUCAUCCUACCGUCCGACGACCAAAGGGUAUACGACACGAGUGUGCCGAUCAUAUGAUGCUCUACUACUCGUGAUCCCCUGUGCUUCGCGUAGUAGAUAGAGAGAGAGAGAGGAAACGAGCUGUUCGGGCAGCUCAGCAUUAGACGUUAAAGUGAAAGACAUUUGAAGCAAGUGUGCCAACGACAAGAUAACAAAGAGGAAAAAAAAUUGACGAAAAAUACAAAUAAAACAAACAAAAAUAGCUAAAAAACAA